AUGAAUCCGCUCGACUAUCGAUGGGGUCACGCAAUCAAUUCCCGUGCGUUGCUCAGAAGAGUGCACCAGGAGGUGCAACGUGCUACGACGCAGCCAAUUGCACUGCAUGACUUUGUCAAUGCCAUUGAGGCCGAUAUCAUCUGGAGCGAAGCGGAGCAGAGGCCUGUGAUGGGUCACCCGCCCGCAACGACUGGCGACUUGACAUUGGCUGCUUUUCUACAGACGAUGUUGGACGUGGCCAAUAUGUUGCAACAUGUGCCUGUGAGCAGUGACCCACCGUUGAUUGUGAAGUGCGACUUUAAAAGUCCGCAGGCGUUCGAGGCGUCGCUGGACCUGUUGGCCGCGUUCCUCGCAGCGUAUCCAUUCACGCGCAGUGUGUUCCUCAAUGCCGAUAUUGUGCCUGGACCAGAGACGCCUCUGGUCGACGGGGCAGCUUUUGACGGGGCCGUGUUCUUGCAACAAGUUGAUGGGCUCGGGGCGCGAGACGGGGGACAGCAUCGCCACAAACUCGUGCUGUCUGUUGGAUGGACGACCGUCCACAGUCAGGACCUCGACGUGGACAGGGGGUACUCGAUUGACAUGGUCGACGCCAUGCUGCAGCUCUUGCAGCCCUACCGCGACACGACCAACAAGUGCGGCGUGACGUUUCCACUCCGUGCGACAAGUGUGCGACGUUCGUGGCCAGCCGUGCGGCAGCUGCUCGAGCACCCACGCUACGGAUUGACACUCUGGUGGGCGCCCACGCAGCUGCCGGACGAAGAACUCGAGUGGCUGUACACGACGUUGGAACGCGAGCGGCACGUCGAAGGACCGCCAGCCGAUGGCAAAUCGUACGCUGGACGAACGUUUUACGACAUAAAGGGCUUUCGCAGCUUCCUGGCGAGGCAAAAGGGACGAUUCGCAGCAUCUAUUGCACCACACUGCACUAGCACUACACUGCAAUGA